AAUUAUCUGGAGAAGCAGGGGUAAUUGGGUUGAUGCUCACGGAUGCUCGACUACUGGCGUCGCAGUAGAGAGAUCCAAACUGGUCUAACGCAGUUCCGCAGAGUCUCAGUGCUCCAUUUAUGCCGGCGACGAAGCAAAAGCGAUGAACUUUGUGAUGGGGAGCCCUUGCUUUCUGCAAUCGCCACUGUAUCAAUCUCUCACACCCUCUUCUUCUUAUCCUCCAUGUCUAUCCUUCUGUUCUAACCCGAAAAAUGUAAAGCCCAAAAAGAAAAGUAAAAAUAAGAGCACAAUAGCCAUUGCUUCUCUGAGCCCGGAAGGCCCCAGUGAGACCAAGUUCAACAGAAGGAGAGGAAUCUUUCUUCUGGGUAUCUCUUACUUUUCAUUCAUUCAGUCCAAGGCGAGAGCUGCCGAUGCUUUGACGAAAGAGGAGCAAAGCAUAAUAAUGCCAGGGAGCAAAGGUGUUCAAACAGCUAAAAAUAUUCAAAAGGAGAAACUACAUCAGGGAGAAGCACAACCAAAUCCAUUUGUGGCUCUUUUGACUGCAGUUGGCAUCCUUGGUUCAGGUGUGCUUGGUGCAUUAUAUGCAUUAGCCCAGAAGGAGAAGGCAGCUGCUGAAGCAACAAUUGAAUCUGUAAACACAGAACUGAGUAAAAAAGAGGCAGCCAUGGUUUUGCUGCGGAACAGUGCUGAAAGAAUGCUACUGAAUGAACAAGAAGAGCGGGCCAAGCAAAUUAGAAAGGUAAAGGAAGAACAGCAGUCAUUGUUAGAAGAAGUGGCUUCUGUAAACAAUACAGUAACAGGCUUACAGAAAGAGCUACAAAAUGAGAGAAGGUUGGUUGAGGAAUUUAAGGUCCAGAUGGAUAGAAUUCAAACUGAUCUCAGGAAGGCUGUCGAGGACAAGAACAUUCUUGAAGCCAACCUGAAGGAGAAGGUUGACUCAAUUGAAGUGUUGCAGGAAAGGAUAAAUUUGCUAAGUCUAGAGAUGAAGGAAAAAGAAGAAAAGAUUAGAAAUCUCAAUUCCUCACUUGUGGAGAAGGAGAUGGAGUGUAAGAACUUGGAUUCUAUCUGCAAGCAAGCCAAAGCUGACCUAGCAGAAGCAAAUAUGGAAAUGAAAGCUGUGAAAGAGCAACUCUUUAGGACUCAAAAAGAACUGGAUUUGAAGAACUCUGUAGUAGAUGAUCUGAAUUCCAGAAUACAUUAUUUAAAUGCUGAAAGAGAUGACAAUAACAGAAAGUUUGAUGGUCUUCAGGAAGACUAUAACAACCUGAAGUUGUCUUCUGAAAAGAAGGCUGCCUCAGAUGCUGAACUCUUGGCAAAAAGGGGGCAAGAACUUCAUCAGCUUGAAGAAAAGCUUGAGCUUGCUUUCAAUGAGGUAAACAGGAACCAGGCUUCAAUCUCCAAUUUGAUGCAAGAAAGGAAUGAUUUGAAGAAAAUGCUGGAAAUAGAGGUAAGCAAGGUGAAGAACCUGAAAUAUGAGCUCCAAAACACUAAGGAAACUCUUGGAGUUUCAAGGGUUGAGAUCUCCGAUCUGUCAAAAGAACUGAAACAAUCAAGAAAGUUAUGCAAAGAGCUCGAGUUUGAAGUUUUGAAGAUUAGGGCUGACUUCACCGAAGUGCAGGAAUCAUUAAAGAAAAGCCUGGAUGAGGCAAGGUCAACUUCGGAAUUAUCGUCAAGUGAGCUUGCAUCAGCAAAGGCACUUCUGAAGAAUACUAAAGAAGAGCUCCAAAUUGUGUCCAGUGAGCUGGCAGAUGUAACAGAAACUCGUGAUAAAAUAAAGAAGGAACUGGUUGAUGUCUAUAAAAAGGCAGAAAGUGCUGCUCAGGGUUUAAAAGAAGAAAAGCAGAGAGCUGCUUCUUUGAAGGAGGAACUACAGGCAUCAGAAAAGAAAAUCUUAAAAGACAAGGAAGCAAGAAAGCGUCUGGAAAUGGACGUGGAAGAGGCCACCAAGUCACUUAAUGAGAUGAAUAGAAAUGCUUUAAUGCUUUCAAGAGAUCUAGAGAUGGCUAACUCUAGAUUUGCUAACCUUGAAGAGGAGAAAGAUAUAAUUUACAACUCCCUUGUUGAGCAAAAAAAUGUCUCACAAGAAGCCCGAGAAAAUGUGGAAGAUGCCCAUAACCUUGUAAUGAAGCUUGGCAAAGAUAGGGAGAGUUUUGAGAAAAGAGCAAAGAAGCUUGAAGAGGAACUGGCUUCUGCAAAGGGCGAGAUAUUACGGUUGAGGAGUAAGAUGAGCUCAUCAAGAACUCUUGUAAAUGAUCCACAUCAGGAAAAGUUCACAGGUGAGAACAACACUUCUGUUGCUGUGAAGAGAAUUAGUAGGAGGAGGAAGGGUGACACCCAGUCCGAUGCUUCUUAAUAAGCUGUUAAAUUUUGUUGUUUGUAUUAUGCUUGUUAUUUUCUUUUUGUGGAGCCCUACUAUAUCAUCAGGCUUCUUGAUUAACAAAGUGGAAGGUCCAGAUUGGGACACAUCUCUACAGUACUGUAUGUGUAAUAACUGUAUUCUUUUAGGUAGAACAAGAGAAGUGAAAAGGGAAAAGUGUAUUUUUAUAUGUUAAGAGAGAAGAGAUUACAAUAUCCUUUCUCAGUAGGAAGAGAUACUUGUGUAGUUGCAGUCUCCAUGCCCUGUGUUUUUCAAGCUUUAUUUUGAUGGUUGCUCACUUGUUAGCCCUGGCA